AUGAAGAAGAUGCACACAGUGAGACCCAUCUCAGUCAGCUGUGCAUUUGGCGUGUCGGUCCAAGCUGCCAUGGGCCUCUGCUACAAUGCAAAAGGACGCGGCGAUAUUGCGGAGCAAAUGUUUGAGAAUGCCAUCCGUCAGUGCGAGAAGUGCCAGGGCCACUACGCGUUAACAUGGCCCUCAAGUCUGGAAGCGGAGACGCUCGCCCGUCUCGAUAAGACUCGCUACGCAUGUACGGCGUCAUAUUCGCGUCGAUGGACCGUUCGACAAGGCUUUGGCACGAGAGCAGCUCCGGCCCUGUUCGUCCAGAGCUUGCAGCAGACGUGCGCUAUCGACCUGGGCAAGCUGAUAAACACGACCCAGGACUUGAGGGCGUUUGUCGGAUUUAUCGCACUGAAGUUUGUUGUGGCCAGGAAUCCCACACAACGAGCAAUCUUCCGAGGCCGGUCUAAACGGGCCCCUCUUGUCCAACUCCGUGCCGCACAAAUGUUAAAAUCAAGGAGCGACACGGCAUCCGCCUCCAACUCUGUCAAGAACCUCGAGCUAAAUACCACAGAGCUACCUACAACUGUACCGAGUGAUCGGCACCACAACGCAAAGCAGCGUUUGACUGACAUCGGCAGCUCCCAACUGCUCAAUAACGUUGAUGAAAUGCGUGGCACGAAUCCUUCGGGGGUCUCAACGUUAUUCAGCAAAUUGAAAGGCACCAAAGGCAAACUGCUCUGCGCCGACUGGCAGAUGAAGACUUUUUAUUUUCGUUGA